AUGGAUUGUGGUACUAUUGAAGAUGAAGGUAUCAGAGUUGACAACCUUGAUGAUGAUGAUGACAACACAUGUUGUUGGGAGCCUACAACGGGGAUGUGUUUUUCUUGCUUAGAUGAAGUCAAAUCAAUUUAUGAAGAGUAUGCUUCGAGAAAAGGUUUUGGGUGGAAGAUUAGAUCUUCAAGAAAAAGCCAAGAUGGAGAGCUCUGCUACUUAAUUUUAUCAUGCUCAAGAGAGGGUUCUAAAGUUUCAAAAAAAUUGUGUACGUUAGAAACACUUCCAACUAAGACGAGUCCUACAAAGGCAAGGUUGUUCAAAGCUAACAAGACGAUGAAUUUGCAUGUGAAGAGAACAAUACAAAUCAAUGAUGAUGCAGGAGUGAGGAUCAACAAGACAUUUCAACCUCUUGUUAAAGAUGCAGAAGGGCAUGAAAAUGUAACAUUUUGGGAAAAAUAUGUGAGGAAUUAUGUUAAGGUCUUGAUAAGCUAUUUCUGCCAAAUGAGGGAACAAAAUUCAGACUUCUUCUAUGACAUAGAUUUGGAUGACGAUUUUCACGUAAGGAAUGUGUUUUGGACUAAUGCAAGAAAUAGAGUUUCUUAUGAAUACUUUGGAGAUGUUGUGACUAAUUUUGACACAACAUAUUUGACUAAUAAGUAUGACAUGCCUUUUGUUGUAUUUGUUUGUGUGAGUAACUUGGAUGUGUGA